UAAACUUUUGCUAGUCUAUCCUGUUGGCUGAUAAAGUUCCAAUCCAAAGAGUGAAAUUUUAAUUUAUUACUGCCCAAACUGCUAUACUACUGGACAAGAAAUUCUUUCUUCUUCAAAAAAAAUUCAAAAAAAACACACAAAAUACCUAAUACGUGUGCUUGCACUAAAUCAGUGAAUUCAUUAACAUUCAUUAAAAUACAAAUUGUAUUCAAAAAGUGUAACGAGAAAUAAGAAAAAAUAAAUUAUAAUCAUGUCCGGCCUACCGCUGUUAACAACUGAACCAGCUUAUCAAAAAUUACAACAAUACUACAAUGAGAAUGGCAGUAAAAUUAAUAUCAAUGAUCUCUUUGCUAAAGAUGCUGGACGUUUUGAUAAAUUCAGCUUACGUCUGAAGACUCCCAAUGAUGGAGACAUUCUACUGGAUUACUCAAAAAACCGCAUUACCCCUGAAGUAUGGGCAUUGUUAUUGGACUUGGCUAAAGUUCGUAAGCUUGAAGAAGCCCGACAGGCUAUGUUCUCUGGUGUACACAUAAACAUCACCGAAGAUCGUGCUGUCCUACAUACAGCAUUACGUAAUCGUUCCAGCGAUGCCGUCCUGGUUGAUGGUAAAGAUGUUAUGCCAGAAGUACGCGCCGAAUUGCAACACAUGAAAGAGUUUACCAAUCAAGUACUCUCUGGUGUGUGGCGUGGAUGCACUGGCAAACAGAUUGUCGAUGUUGUCAAUAUUGGUAUUGGUGGCUCAGAUUUGGGUCCAUUGAUGGUUACUGAAGCUCUCAAGCCUUAUUGCAAAGGAUUGCGAUCACAUUUUGUUUCAAAUAUUGAUGGUACACACAUGGCUGAGGUUCUUAAGAAAGUCAGCUAUGAGACAACUUUGUUCAUUAUUGCCUCCAAGACCUUCACCACUCAGGAAACAAUAACCAAUGCUACAUCGGCAAAAUCAUGGUUAUUGGAACAGGCUAAGGAUCCCGCUGCAGUAGCUAAGCACUUUGUUGCUCUAUCAACAAACAAGGAGAAGGUAACUGCUUUCGGAAUAGACAGCAAGAAUAUGUUUGGCUUUUGGGAUUGGGUUGGAGGACGUUAUUCUCUAUGGUCAGCUAUUGGUCUAUCAAUUUGUCUAUCUAUCGGUUUUGAAAACUUUGAGAAUCUCUUGGAAGGAGCCUACUAUAUGGAUACACAUUUCAAAACUGCACCGCUAGAAGCUAAUGCUCCUGUUAUUCUAGCCCUUCUUGGAGUCUGGUACUCUAAUUUCUAUAAUGCAGAAACUCAUGCUCUGCUACCUUAUGAUCAAUAUUUGCAUCGGUUUGCAGCUUAUUUCCAACAAGGUGAUAUGGAAAGUAAUGGCAAAUUUGUAACCAAGAGCUCUCAAGUUGUUAACUAUAAUACGGGACCAAUUGUCUGGGGUGAGCCUGGCACCAAUGGUCAGCACGCCUUCUAUCAACUUAUCCACCAGGGUACUCGUCUCAUUCCUUGUGACUUUAUUGCGCCGGCAGUCACUCAAAAUCCAAUCGCUGGCGGGGUGCAUCAUAAAAUUUUACUCGCCAAUUUCUUGGCUCAGACUGAGGCUUUGAUGACUGGAAAAUCUGAGGCAACAGCCAAGGCUGAACUCGAAAAAGCCGGCAUGUCUGGUGAGAAACUUGCAAAAUUACUGCCACACAAGACAUUCACUGGCAAUCGUCCAACAAAUUCAAUUGUUAUGAAGAAAGUCACACCCUUUACACUUGGAGCAAUUAUUGCAAUGUACGAACACAAGAUCUUUACACAAGGUGUUAUCUGGGACAUAAACUCAUUCGAUCAAUGGGGUGUUGAAUUGGGCAAACAAUUAGCAAAGGCAAUUGAACCCGAAUUAGCUGAUGGCAGUCCAGUUUCAUCUCAUGAUGGCUCAACCAAUGGCCUGAUUAAUUUUAUCAAAUCCAACUGGUAAACUAAACUGAUUCCUCAUCACAUUAGAAAAAAAAAAAAAAAACAAAACAAAAA